AUGUUAAUUGUCGCCCGAGCGGUUGCUGGAAUAGGCUCUUCUGGACUCAUGAAUGGAGCAUUGACUAUCAUCUCAGCAUCCGCACCAAUGCACAAGGUUCCAGCUCUUUUCGGCAUGAUGAUGGGUGUUUGCCAACUAGGUGUCGCCUUCGGUCCACUAAUUGGAGGUGCUUUUACUCAAUACACUACGUGGAGAUGGUGCUUCUAUAUCAAUCUUCCCAUUGGCGGCGUGGUUGCGCUGAUGCUCCUCUUUAUCGAAAUUCCUGAUCAGAUCGCCAAGCCAUCAAUCAAUUCAUCGUUUGAGACAAUCACGCGGAAACUUGACCUCACUGGCUUUGUGCUUUUUGCCCCAGCCGCUAUACAGCUCCUUCUUGCCCUUGAAUAUGGGCAGAAUGAAUUUGGGUGGAAGAGCGCAACCGUCAUAGGUCUCUUCUGUGGUUUGGGUUGCACUUUUCUCGUCUUUUUAGCUUGGGAGCAUCAUCAAGGUGACAAGGCCAUGAUACCUCUAGCCAUGCUAAGACAAAGAGUGAUGUGGUCUAGUUGCUUGGUCAUGCUAACUAUCUUCGCGAUGGUCCUCACUGCUUCAUACUAUCUACCAAUUUACUUCCAGUCGAUCAAGAAUGAGUCGCCCACAAUGAGUGGAGUGUAUAUCCUUCCUAGUGUUUUAUCACAGCUAGCCUUUGCUGUGAUGUCAGGCCUUCUCAUCGGCAAGCUAGGAUACUAUCUUCCUUGGGCCAUCUUUUGCGGAGUGGCCACUGCGAUCGGCAACGGCCUCUUAACAACACUUUCCCCAAAUACCUCAACCGGAAAAUGGGUCGGUUAUCAGAUUCUCAUAGGGGCAGGUCGGGGAGCCGGGUUUCAAAUUCCACUCAUCGCUAUACAAAACAGCCUUUCGCCUAGUCAAAUAUCUGUUGGCAUGGCAAUUCUCAUGUUCAUCCAAACACUUUCCGGGGCAGUGUUUCUUACAUUUGCGGAUGUGAUCUUCUCCUCAAGUCUCAAAACACUGAUCCCUCAAGAUGCACCAAACGCCAACGUGGCUGCUAUUAUUGCCGCAGGCGCGACUGGUAUGCGUGAUGUGGUUUCAGCCGAUGAUCUUCCGGGCGUUUUGAAGGCUUAUGCGGGGAGUGUAGACCGAGUUUUCUACAUGGCGGCUGCUCUCAGUGUUGUCUGUGUGGCUUUUUCGUUUGGAAUGGGAUGGAAAGACAUUCGGAAGAAGAAGCCAUCUGGUGAGAAAGUCUGA